AUGCUGCUUUCGUGGUGGCAAUGUGCCACCAUCGCCGUGGCCAUCGGUCCAGUAUCUGGUCUGGCUGUCCCAUAUUACUCCAGCAAUGCUUCGAUGCCUAUCUUGUCAUCAAGGCAAAGUCUUGAGGACUUUGACCCGGAUGAUCUAUCAUACAUCCAGAAACUUGCCGCGAUCGGUGACUCGUAUUCGGCGGGCAUCGGCGCAGGCAACAGGCUUGGUAGUAUCGUGAAUGCACUCAACCCUCAGAGUAACUGGGCCUGCAGUCGAUAUGAUCAAUCUUACCCGUCGUUCGUCGACGGAGACGUGCGACUUGGCAACCGCGCGACACGCAACUUUCAGUUUAAGUCGUGUUCUGGCGCAACGUCAAGCGAGGUGAUCGAGCAUCAAAUUCCCAAGUUGAAUGGAAAUCAAGAUGUAAUUCUUCUUUCUGCCAGGCAACUAGCCGAGAGUGGCCGACUCAUCGAUAGCGCCACCUUUGCCGGAAAUCUCGAUAAAGUCAUUGCGGCUGCGCAAAGCAAGUUGUCCCUAAAAUAUGCGAAGUUCUUUGCCACCGAUAUGUCAUCCGAGUGUGACGACGUUACAUGGUCGACAUGGCUCAACGAGUUGUACAACAAAUUCAAGCUGGAAAAGGCAUACCUUACACAAGGCAGGCGUCAGAAGAUGAAUGAACUAGUCGAAAAAGUCAACAAGAAAUUGGCCGAAGCGGUGGAGCGCGCCGGCAAUAGUGUUAAGUUCAUCGACUAUGACAAGUAUGUCGGGUACUACGGUGGCCGCUACUGCGAAGCUGGAGUCGACGAGUCUACCUCUGAAGCCAAGACCAGAACUGGUCUCAUGUUCUACGAGCUUAACACCUGGGACCCUCUCGGCUCAAGCCCUUGGAAGCGAAGCAACGAUGAUGCUUUGAAGGGAAAGUUUGACUGA